AUACAUAUAAAAAAAAUCAAGUGAAAAAUAGGAAUGAAUAUAGAAUUAUAGAAUCAUGAGAUAACAAAACUUUGUAUUGGAAAAUAUCAACCUAAAACUAAACCGUGUUAAAUAUAGCUUAGUUAGCGACCAUAAAAAUAAGUAAAGAAGAAGAAAAAUUUUCAAUUUGAAAAUACACAAUAUAUAUAUUAUUUACGAAAAAUAUGAUUAUCUUAAAAAACUUAUUACACAUUCGACAACUUAGUUCAGCAUCAGCUUGUAUUACUAAACCACAUAGAAGUACUUAUGUUAGAACAUAUCCUACAGUACUAGCAAAUCCUGAUGGAUCCACUUUUACUAUUCAUUAUGAAGAGCCCAGAAAACUGAUAAAACUACCAAUAAAUAUAUGGACUUUAAGUGAAUCUGAAAGGAAGGCUAAAUUAGAAGAGAGAAAACCAAAGAAAAAAGUGAAAAUAGUAGAUGAUAUCGAAGAUUCAUAUGAUUCUAAAAAAUAUCUCAAAUAUAUCAAGAAAUAAUGAAUCAGUAGAAAAAAUUUUAUGUAUUAAAAAUUGUAUAACCUGUAAUAAACUUUAAUUACGAUAAUGAUUA